GGGAUGCAGUCUGCGUAGCCGAAAGUAACCGAUACUCUCUGUUCGUGAAAAGAGAACCCGUGUGUCGUAACGAACAAGACCUGACCCUCAUCCUGGAUUCUGAGAGGGAGAGAGAGCUUUCUCUGUUGCUUGCUGACUUGCUGAUGCAAAAUAGAAACAGGUUUCUCUUCCAGUAAUAGAAAAAGUAAAACAAAUUUACGGUUCUUCUCAGGUUUCAUAAUGUUAAUGCAUGAAAGGUGCACUCUUUAGUGCCCAUUGCUCCAAUGGAUUCUCCUGGUAAUGAAACAGGGGUUCCUAGCAAGAUUGGUGACCGAUCAACAAGUGAUGUAGUUGUGAGACUGCGAACACAGGAUGGCCGAGAUGAUUGGAUGUACUGUCACUCCCACCUACUCAUAGAAAAAAGCAAGUAUUUUGCUGACCGCCUCUCUGAGAAUUGGCCGACAUGUCAGAUCCUUGACUCACGCAACUGUGUUGAAGUUUACUGCCAUGAAUCUGACUUUGACUAUUAUGUCAAUGUCCUACGCCUUCUCUAUGUUGGUGUAGAUGGCUUAGAUGUGGAUGAAAUCUGGCAUGGUGUUAGAAAUGCCCUUGGCAUACUCCAGGUGGCUGUUGAGCUUGGUUGCCCACAAAUUGUUACUGCUUGUGUAAAAUACUUGGAAGCUGUCCCUUGGGAAGAGGCUGAGGAGGAGGAAAUUUUAAAAAUCAUACCACGCAUGGGAUUGCAAGCAGAGCCCAUUCUUGCCCGUCUGCAGCCAGUCAAUCCAUCAGCUAUCAUGGGGAUUUUUUUCUCUGUCAUCCGAUUUGUCACAUCAUCCCCCCCUCCAGCCAUGAGUGAUCUUAAAACUUCAGCACAGGAGCAGCUUGAAUACAUGCUAACUGAAGAUGAUGAUGCUCCUUUAUUGACUGCUGAUGAUGGGAUAAAAUUCGAGGUGAAAGAAUGUGUAAAGAACCUAUUUUCCAGAUUCAACAACCUUUUAGAAACUUUAUUAUGUGAACCUGUGGAAUCGGUUUGUGAGGCAGGAAUAAUGCAGUCAUUUCAAUCCCAUCUAUCUGAUUUGUCAUGGGCUGGUCAGAUAUUGAAUAAGCUGGAAAUUAUGAGAGAAUUUGUCCACAACUGGGUUGAUGCAUCGGAUAAGAUAGUCAAGGUUGUUGAGCAAGCCAGUUCAACAGCUGAAAUUACUGACAUAAAGUCAAAGGUUAUUGAAGUUGCAGCGAAAGUUUUAGAGGCAAUUGGGUAUGGCACUGUUAUAAUGCCAACUGCAAAACGGCUUCAUAUGGUGAAGGUGUGGCUUCCAUUUGUGAGGGUCACAAAACCAUUGAUUGACUUUGUCACAACUAACAGCGAGGAUGCUCUGCCAAUUAAAAUAGAUGGUGAGCUGUGGCAAUCCUUGGAAUCCACAUUUGUAUCAAUAAUUCUUGCAUUGCCGUCUGAGGACCAGGCAGAGAUUUUAACUGAAUGGUUAGGGAGUGAGCAUAUUCAGUAUCCAGACCUGAUUGAGGCAUUUGAGGUGUGGUGUUACAGGUCCAAGGUUGCCAAGAGAAGACUAUCAUUAGUAACGUGCAACAAUGGUAUCACCCACACACUUUGACCUAUUCUUUAUAAUGUUUUCAUAGAUUGCCAGUUUGGGCACCCUUUAAUGAUAAAGGGAUGUACGAAAAAAAUCGUCCUCACUUAAAGCAGAAUGCAGGUUUGGAAAGGUAAAACUGUUGCUAAAGUAGGAGCAGUCUAAAUUACCAACCCCUGCUUUAAGGUCCUUGUUCAAUGUAUAAAUUGUAGUUUUAGGUUAUCAUAAAUCUUGUGAUGUAGAACUUGUUUAAUUGUAAAAAUUGUUGCCAUUGAGCUAUUCAUUUUGUCGUGUAACUGAAAUCAUACCGUUGAAAUUUCUCAGA